AUGCCAGCGGCGGUCACGGCUGUCCUGGAGCCAGGGGGGAUGGUGUCGGCGCCCGGGUGCCUUGGCAAGGUCCCCCGGGACGCUCUGAAGAGCUUCCCCCACAGCAAGCGGGUCGGGAGCUACCUGGUGGGGAAAAUGAUCAACAAAGGCUCCUUCGCCAAGGUGAUGGAGGGCCUGCACAUCUGCAGCGGAGAGAAGGUGGCCAUCAAAGUGAUCGACAAGAAGAAGGCCAAGCAGGACUCAUACGUGCUGAAGAACAUGAAGCGAGAGCCUCACAUCCACCAGAUGAUCCGGCACCCCAACGUGGUGCAGCUCUACGAGACCCUGGAGACGGAGAACUCGUACUACAUGGUGAUGGAGCUCUGCGUGGGGGGCGACCUCAUGGAGCGUCUCUGCGAGCGCCAGCGGCUGGGGGAGAGGGAGGCGCGCCGCUACGCGCGUCACAUCCUGUCCGCCGUGGAGCACCUGCACCGUCACGGCGUGGUGCACAGGGAUUUAAAAAUCGAAAAUUUCCUCUUGGAUGAAAACAACAACAUUAAGGUAGUUGACUUUGGCCUGAGCAACACCCUGAAGGCGGAGGCCCUGUCCCCGGAGCUGCUCCACACGCAGUGCGGCAGCCCCGCCUACGCCGCACCAGAGCUCCUGGCACACAGGAAGUACGGGCCCAAGGUGGACGUGUGGUCCGUGGGUGUGAGCACAUUCGCCAUGCUGACAGGCACCCUGCCCUUCACCGUGGAACCGUUCAACAUAAAGCAGCUCCACCAAAAGAUGGUCAACGGUGAAAUCGGCACCUUCCCCUCAGACAUCAGUAAAGCGGCCGUCCAGUUCGUGCUGACCCUGCUGGAACCCGACCCCGAAAAGCGGCCGAGUGUUCGCGAGGCCAUGGAGCAGAAGUGGCUCAACGAAGGCUACUCCAGAAGGCCUCUGAACUGCAUCCUCUACAAAAACAGACUCGAGCCAGAUGAAUUGAACCCAACCGUGCUGAACUACAUGACCGAGUCCCUGGGCUAUGGGCUCUCUGACAUCAUGCACACGCUGAUCAACAACCGGCCAUCUUCGAUCAUGGCCACCUAUUGCCUGCUGGUAAAGAAACUGGAGAAGCAUCAGAAGGGGGCUAAGAGCUCGAAGAAGGAGAAUUCAGUCAACCGGAAAAGUAAGCCAUCCAGCAAAUCUCUAGGAAAUCCAAGUGAAGACACAGAGCUAGAAGACACCAGGAACACAAUGGACAGCUCACCCAGGGAAGACAUACUGAAGGCUGAAGGCAACGGACCCCCUCCACCUGCAGCAUCAUUAUCAGCAGAGGGCAUCACUGAUGAUGAGAUCACCAUCACACUGGAGAACAAAGAACCACUGUUCCCUGAGGUUUCUGCUUUUGCAGACAGAGAACUUGUUCAUCUAUCGUCUCCAAAGACCUCAGACAAAGAGCGGAGUGAUUCCAAGUUGUUGGAGACAUCACCCUGUGACACGUCAGUCAGUGGGGGCCUGAGGAGGGACAUCAAUGGGGCCCUCAAGCCUCAGAAGCUGCUUGAGCCAAAUGGCCCAGUGGAGUUGGUCAGCCACACCACAAACGAGAAGCUGGAGAAGAUUCAGACUUUCUACCUGGAAAAAGGUGUCACUCCCAGGGCUCUUCUGGAGAACCGAGGUCACAGUCGCAGUCCGGAGCACCAGGACACACGAGUCAGGGAGUUUCUCCAUGUCAUGGAGGAGAAGCCGUCACCUGGAGGGCGGUGGCACCCCCCAGGCCCCGGGGAAUCUCCACAUACCCCUCCGUCUCCUUUGCCCAAGCUGCACCAUGCCGGCCUCAGGGAUGGCAUCACUCGAAAGCUCACAUGGGUGGGCGUGGCACGGCACAGCUCAGGCAGGUCUCCACUCCUGAUGAAUGGGUCCCGACCCCCCAUGUUCCCAUCCUCGCGUCAGCAGACCCUCAUCAUCAAGAGCUUAAGACACCCCAGAGAGAGGAUUCGUGGCCCAGCUUUCUCUGCAGGGGACACCACAGUCAAGUGCAACACUGUCCAGCUCAGGAACUCACACAAGGGCCCUGAGCUGAACCUUCCAGUAUUGGCACCCCCCUCCAGACCCAGGCUGCCAAGAGGCCAAAGUUGA